AAAAGAAGAGCAAGAAGGCCAAACUAUUAAAUGCAGCUUUCACUACUGCCGUGUCCACUACUCCCCUACUCGAUUAUCCUAUCCACUUAACCAACAUUUUUCUAAUACACCACUCGUCCCAAGAGUAUCAAUAACAACCUUACACCAUCAUCUCCACCAAGAACACGCACUCACUCACAAUUCAACAUCUAUCCGUCCUACUUUUUCUUGAGGCAAGAAUUUAAGCUCUUAUAUAUUUUCAGAAUGCAGAGGGCAUAGGUUGCAUAGAGCGACUCACAGAAAUGCCUACUCUACCAUUUGAAAUCAUCGAGGACAUCCUCCGCCGCCUCCCCGUGAAAACCCUCAAGCGGUUUCGGGCCGUUACGAAAACUUGGUGUUUUCUCAUAGACAGUGAGAAUUUCAUCAAACUACACUUGCGCCAAUCUUUGGUCUCGAAUUCCCACCGCAGUCUUAUUCUCGGAGGGCUCGGCCUGUACACGAUCGAUUUGGAUUCCCUGGACAAGACCCACGUAAUCAAACCGCCGUUUUACUACAAGAGUGUUGACGGAAUCUCGAAUUCUUGCAAUGGUAUAGUUCUUGUGAUGAGCGAGCCUGCUGUUCUUUGGAACCCCUUUUCCAGGGUCUACAAGGUUUUGCCGGAAUGUUCUGUUGAAUAUCCUGUUGAGUUGGAUUCUUACUCUAAAAGCACUUAUGGGUUUGGCUAUGAUUCAACUAAUGAUGAUUAUAAGGUUGUUAGGGUUGUGGAAUUUAGGAACGAAACAACGCAUGUCUGGACGCAUUCAGAGACUACGAUCUAUAGUCUUAAAUCGAAUUGCUGGAGAAGAAUCGAGGGUUUUCCUUAUCCGUUGCCGUUCUUGAGGGGAUACUGGCGAGUGCACGUUAACGGAGCGCUUCUUACGCCGGUGGAGGAACUUCAUGUACACGAAGCGAGAAUCAUGGCUUUUAGUGUUGAGAGAGAGAACCAUUACGAGGUGACGAUGCCUCCAGGGAUUCGAACCAGAGGUGUUGAUCUGGACGUGAUUGGAGGAUGCCUGUCUCUGGUUUGUGCUCAAAGGUCUCGGGUUGUUAUUUGGGUAAUGAAAGAGUAUGGAGUGAAGGAAUCAUGGACUAAGUUGCUCUCGAUUUGUCCUUCUGCUAUCGAGCGCGAUUAUUUUGUGAAGCCACUGGCGUAUUCCAGGGAAGGUGAUAAGAUUCUGCUUAAUUGCGAUGAUAAGAGGCUCGUUUGGUAUGAUUUAUCAAAUAAAACCGUUGAGAAUGUGUCAGUGGAUGGUAUGCCAUUCAUAUUUUAUGCUGAAGCUUGUGUUGAGAGUCUUAUUUCGUUUGGUUGCCCGGAUGCAGACAAGAAACGUGGACAAGAGAAAAAGAAGGAAAACAAGAUCAGGAAUAGAAGGGAUGAUUUCUUGUCCGAGGGAUUCAAGUUAGUGCUCUGAUAAUAAGAUGAGAAGCAAAAGGAAGAAACACAAAUGGAUGAGGCGAAGAGAACAGCAAUGGAAUCAGAUGAUGAAGAAUAACUGGAAAAAGCUCACUCGAUUCUUCUGUCAAAAUCAAUGUUCCCGGUGCCAAAAUUAGCAACUGAGAAAGAGCUACGGGUCCUAUUCACAAGCAUUGCUAAACUACGUGUGGAAGAUCAACUUAGCAGCCGAUCAAGAUGGGGAACAAAUUUUGGUUGGAAGGAACCCUUUCUUGAUGUUGCGAUCUGCUUAACUAGUAAUGGUAUUGACUGCAGCUCUGGUUGUGUACUUCUUCUCUAUAGCUAGAAUGACUGCCACAACAGCAAUUGGAGAGAAGGAAACGGUGGCUCUAUCCCUCUGACUCUCCUCCUUUAGCAAUCAUCAAAGUUUUUGGUAACAACUUUACAAAUUGAACGACUCUGCCUGAAAUUCACAGUGGAUAUAUCUUUUUUGGCUUGCGAAAUGAUGUAUAAUACAACCAGAAAUCUCCUGACUAUUGGUUAAUAUACUGUCUUAAAGACUUUAACUGACAUAAUUUCUGCAA